GAAAUCAUUGAAGAGAUAAAUAUUUACCUGCUUCGGUGCCCAAAUACUUUCUGUCAGUGAUUGAAGAGUUAGCACUUUUUUUAUAUUGCGCGCUAUCGCGCAAUUCAGUGACGAGAAAGAUGCGAAUUGUAUGAGAAAAUCUUAUUGAGUCUCCGCGUCGUAGACUGUGACGUGCACGACAUGAAAGAUGAAAAAAAGAGCCUAAUUUUAGGCCCGCGUUUUCACAUUCUCCCAUUUUUCAAACGAUUCAUCAAACGACUGAUCAAUUCUCGUGUUUUUUUCCUCAAUUUAUCUCAAGCCUCAGUCGAUUAUCUUGAGACCGGAAACCUGAGAAAUCAAGUUUACCGUAGAAAGUGGGUAGGCCGACUAUAGUUUGCCCCACAUUCGGUCAAACUAAUCGGCAGCACGUAACACGAGACGUGGCAGAGCCUUGACACGUUCUAGACCCACCGUAAUCACAUUUUUUCGAAAAUGCUGUUGUCGUGGAAUUCAAUAUGGUGACUGAAUUCUUCUAACAAGAUCCAAGCAUCGAUCGGAUGUGAAAAUAAGGAAUGAAACAGCCACGGAAAAAUGAUGGAAAGCCUAUUUUCUCAUAAUUUGAGAAUUCCUAUUUCCUCAUAAAAUGUUUCUCCUCGAUGUGAAAACGCACUGAUUGUGAGUCAAACCACGCGUGAGUAAGUCAGCAUAGCGUAUCGAAAGGAAAACAAAGCAGGGAACGCCGAUCACACGACGAAUGUCUAGUUCCAAAUCGAGCAAACGAAAACAAAGUCCACUAAGCAUAAUAAUCUUUCGUGCGAAAUCGAACAACUGACAUUGUUCCUCAAUAUUCUAUCAGCAGUCUCGCGCUCACCAUGAUGUAUGGCGAAGGCAAAAUCAAGCUAGGUGAACCCCGCGAUUCGAUUUUGAAUUAUUGAUUUUUUAUUUGUACGUUGAAUAGUCAGCCGUGGAGUGAAGUAUGAACAGUGAGUGUGGCGAACCAAAAGUUUGAAUUCGUACUGAACGCAAACGAGAUACCGACACUCAUAUUGUGUCGCAGCCACAAGGAUCCUGCGACAGCAUAAAUUGCCCUCAUCGCUUUUCCAACCAGCGGAUUCCCGACGAUCGAAGACGUGCACCAAGUGUCUUCUCCGGGCCACCAAAUACUUCUCUAUCACGGACCGCCUCGAGAAUUCACCUCUCAGACAUGGGGCUCGACUUCCUCGCAGACGGAAGUGCCGACUUCGAGCAUGCCAUCACCGUAGCAGGUUUCGGCAAGUUUCACUACAUGCUUCUGGCCAUAUGUGGACUCAUAUACAUGGACACCGCCAUUGGGGUUACGAUAAUAUCGUUCGUUUUGCCAGCGGCUCAGUGCGAUCUCCAAAUGGAUUCAACCUCAAAAGGAUGGUUAACAGCGUCGCCGAUGCUGGGUAUGGUGAUUGGAUCCUACAUUUGGGGAUGCCUGGCUGAUACCAAAGGCCGUAAAGUUGUGCUGAUAACGACACUGAUGCUCGACGGACUGGUCGGCAUCGCCUCGUCCUUCGUCCAAUACUUUUGGGUCUUUUUGGUCUUCCGAUUCUUCAAUGGAUUCGCUGUGACCGGCGCAAUGGGCAUUUGCUUCCCCUAUCUUGGCGAAUUCCAACCAACCAAGUACCGCGAGAAGAUUCUCUGCUGGAUGGAAAUGUUUUGGACCGUAGGCGUUAUAGUUUUGCCACUUAUAGCUUGGCUGAUCGUACCUCUCGACUUUACGUAUCAGUCGAACACGUUUUACUUCAAAUCAUGGAAUCUCUUUGUCGCACUAUGCGCUCUGCCCUCUCUGAUGCUGUCUCUGUGGCUGUUCGCCUUUCCGGAGAGUCCGAAAUUUCUUCUCGAAUGCGGUGAAACUGAUGAGGCAUUAGAAGUUUUCAAAUGGAUUUAUUCUCAGAAUACUGGAAACGACCCUGCUACAUAUCCGGUAAAAUCACUCCAAGAAAAACCAAAUCCCAAAGACAAGAGUACGAGAUCAUUGAAGCUCCACAAAAGAAAAGACCUCAAAGUAUUGUGCGCCGAAGUGUGGGAUCUUACAAAAGCUUUGUGUCGACCACCCUAUCUCCAAAACACACUUCUCGCCUGUGCCAUCCAAUUUGGCCUGACGAGCAGUUACUACACCCUCAUGGUUUGGUUCCCUGAACUUUUCACCAGGUUCGAAGAAUUCGAAUUGGAUUAUCCUGGUGAAUCGACCUCGGUGUGCAUCGUUUCCUCACUUCCGCAAAAUACUACGGCUCUCGUGGACGUUUCGAGUCCGGAGUGCGUCACAGUCAUAACAGAUUCGGUCUAUCUUCACACUGUGUACAUCGGUCUCGCCUGCAUACCUGGCUCAAUCAUUUUACCGAUCUUCAUUCACAAAGUUGGCGCCAAAGUAUUUCUCAUUGUAUCCCUCGUUAUUUCCGGUGCUGUUACCGUUGGUUUCUACUACGUCAUCAACUCGACUCAAAAUCUUAUACUUUCCUGCAUCUUCGAGGCUCUAACGUCCCUGGGAAUAUCGCUCCUUUAUUGCGUCAUAGUUGACAUGUUUCCAACCAAUUUGAGAGUAAUGGCUGCUGCUUUAUCACUCACUAUGGGUCGACUCGGAGCACUGGUCGGUAAUCUCCUCUUCGGAUAUCUCAUCGAUCUCGCCUGUGUAGUACCAGUCGUCAUAUUUGCUGCUUUCCUAUUUAUUUGUGGAUUACUGUCGUUCUUCCUACCGAGAACUGGAAAGGAUACGUUGGAUUAAAAAUUUUGGGCGAUUCACGACGUGAAUUGUUCUACGGUGAAUGACUUUUAGAUCUCAAAAGUUCCUUUAGGUGAAAAGGUCUCAAAAAUGUCAAGCUUUUUGGGCUCAAAACCAUAGAAUAUGGUGAAAAAAAAACUGCGAAAAUCGCUACCUGCAAUGAAACCUCGAACGUACUUCAUAAGAUAAUCGAUUAAGUAUCUAAGUGUAAAUAUGUAUUUAUUUUCAAUGACGUUUAUUCCUAUUUUCUACUCGUUCAUCAGUCGCUUGUUCUCCUUUAACGUUAUUUUAUUUCUUUGACGUUGUCAAACGAUUAAAAAGGAUAAUGAUUAUGUAAAAUACCAAAUGCAAACGGGGAAAAAAUCCAUCACUGACACUAUUCUCUCAUUUUUAUUUCCUCAGAGACAUUAAUGUCAACAAUUUCAUUUAAUUAUUGACCAGUUUUUCGCUCAAAUCGUAGAGAAAAAAACAUUAUUUAAUUGCUAAAAAGAUCAUUUGAUCGCAUCUCGGAUAGAUCUAACCUCAUUACACACUAGCUUUAUUUCUCGCGCUCUUUUUCUCCUUCUCCCCCACCUCCUUCCCAUAAAAUAUCUCAUACUUACACGAGUAUUAAUUUUCUAGGAUACUAAGCCGUACUCGAAGCGUCAACUAUUGUUUUGUAACUACGAAAUUGUUACGUUACUCGACAUUCUUAUGUGUAAAGAAUUUUCAAUAGAUACGAUAAAAACUUCGAUGUAUUAGCAAACAAAUAAUUGAUUAAACACAACAAUUUACUCGAUUAA